CUUUCCCUGGGUUGGUGGUUGCAUAAGCAUUUCAUCGCAAAUGCGUGGGAAGUGCAUCAGGAAUUUCAUAAGCAAAGGCAGAUCGAAACGGUGCCUAUCUCGAAAUCCUCUGACGUCGGCAUUAAGGAUAAGCUUCUCAACCUCCUUGAAGCGACGAUCGAGAAAGGAAACAUCAUCUCUGGCGGCGACGGUAGCUUUGACGGACGAAGGAGUAAAGGUUGCGGAGGAAGAAGCCAUGAAAGUGGAGAGGUUGGAGAGGCGAUUGCCGAACCUGUUCCGAGUUGGAGAGACGAGUGUGGAUGGCUGCUCAAUGAUUGUUGUUACGUUGGAGUCAUAUACGGAACAAAAGUUGAACAAUGGUUGGGGAUAACAACUGGAUUUUGAUUCCAAAAAAAAUGGGUAAGCUUGUCCAAGCUUGAAGUGUUCGAAGAGAAAUCGACGGGGGCAGAACCAAGCUUCGUCGUCGACGGCAGCGGCGUCGUCGGGGGCAGAGAAAUCGACCCAUUGAGGAGCAUUGAAGGGUUCGAAGAGAUCGUCUUCUACAAACCUGGAAUCUAAGUUCUUCCAGUCGAUUACAGCAACCUCCAUUGUUGAAACUUUAGAGAUCAAAACUUGGUUAUUUUGUGCAGAUUACAUAGUGAUAUUGUUAAGGGAAAUGUUGGACA